AUGUCUUGCUACGCUUCCGAAUGGCUCGGCCCGAGAGCUCAUUUCACCAUCGCAUCCUCCUUUAAACGAUCGGCUUUUCUCGAUACUUUCCGAACAACCUUUGAGAUUGCUUCAAAAGACAACGAAUCACUCUCCUGUAUUCGAGCGACCCUCACUCCCGCUGUCCGGGAGCCCAUCCGCCUUCUCAGUCUCUGGCUCCCCAUCAGCACCUUUGCCUUUACCUGUAUCAUUGCAUGUUGGCCGGCCCAACAAACCACAAGCUCCUUAACCUCGAAGAAUGGCCGUAUCACACGCGCUAUCAAUCUCUUAGCUUAUAUUCAGUUUAUCUUCUUCUCAGGCGCCCUCAGCCUUCAAUACCCUGGCUUCUUCCAACCUCUUGUCGGCCUCUGUAGCUGGUCUACCCUGAUGCUUCCGGCGGGUCCUGUAGAAGCCUCCUCACCUUAUGCACGAGCCGGCGUGAACGACGGCAUUUAUGAACACAAUGGAACCAUCACGGGAGCGCCAGGUUUGGAACUACUUACCCAGAUGACGGGCUCACCAGUGAAACCUCAGAGUUGGAUGAAUACUUUCGCCCUAUCACUCAUUAUCUUUUUCUUUCUCUACUUAUCAUCAUACAUUAACUUCAGGCUGAGUACUCGCGACUCCCCCUCAAACUUUACCUGGAAAACUAUUGGAGCGCAGCUCAGGGAUAGGUACUGGGCUGUUGUCCGGCUUUUCCUCAGCUGUUUCAUGCUACCGAUCAGUGCAUGGGCAACCUACCAAUUCCUCGACGACCAGAUCUUUGGAUAUCGAAACUCCGCUAUGGCAAUCCUAAUCUUGAUUGUGUUAUUAGCAGGCUUCUGGUGGAGUUGGACAAGGGACUCCGAGAUGGGAUCGCUGGUCAUCCAAAGCCCAGGCCGGCUGAACAAAGACCCAGAAUCCGGGCGACAAUACUACGCUUUGGUGUUGUUCUCCUUGAUGUUUUUACGAGGAAGUGUCAUUGGCGGAUUGCAGACAUACACUUCUGUUCAGCUUGGUGUUCUGUUGGGAUGUGAGCUUGUUCAACUGCUAGCAAUGACGUUUUGGACAAGAUUUGCAUGCUUCAUUUCACUUGCCGGCAUUUUGUCUGUCUCGAGGCUGGCCUUGUUCGCACUUCACAUUGGCUUUGUACCCGGACUCGCUAGUCAUUCAGGCAGGAUGCUUGUCGCCUAUAUCAUUCUUUGCGGGCAUGUUGCUGUCCUUACAUGCAUCUUUCUUCUACCUGCGGUUCUCGACAUGGCGCAUCUUAUCAUGUACGGCAGAGCCGUAACGAUGUCGGACGCCGAAAGAAGUGUACCUGUUCGAGAAGUCCCUAGACCUAUCCAGCGCGCUCAAACAGAUAUUGAAGGGCUUCAGAAGUCGGAGUCAGUCAAGACUCGCGAUCCAAACAGUCAUACUCGAGCGUCAUCCGACUUCAAUCAGCUCCUGUUGGAGAUGAUCCUAAAGCGCGAAACAAACAAUCUACUGAUUGGUCCAACAUCUCAAAAAGCACUAACAAAGUUUUUGGAAGACUUGAAAGGGAGAGAUGGGAGAGCCGAAAUUGAGAAGAAUCCGGCCGUUUUCAGCGACUCUUCCAGUACGCUCAUCGGUUCGGGCAGCUCCAAGGAGGAAAUCGCACCCAUUUCCGACAUCUCUAGAAACCUAAUUUCUCACCUAUUCUCGAACGAAAAUUUAGCUAUCCGCAGCGCCCCUCGACACCAUAAUCUCGACUGUCCUAUCAACGAAUACUUCAUCUCCUCUUCUCAUAACACGUACCUGCGCGGCCGCCAAGUCGCCGCCCGCUCCAAGCUUAAAGGCUACAUCUCAACGCUUUCACAAGGUUGUCGAUCUGUGGAGGUGGAUUGCUGGGAUGGGCGAGACGGGCAGCCGAUUGUCAAGCACGGAUACAGUUUGACAACGUCUAUCAGCUUUCGGUCUGUCAUAGAGACCAUCUACAAUUAUGCCUUCUCUGCUUCUGAUUUGCCCUUGUGGCUAUCGCUGGAAGUUCACUGUAACCCAGCGCAGAGGGAUAUCAUGGCACGUACCAUGUUGGAGAUAUUCAGGUACAGCCUGUUAGUGGAACCACUUGAUGCAUCAUCACAAGAACUGCCAUCUCCUAAUCAGCUUCGCGGAAAGAUUCUCCUGAAGGUCAAGGUAGCUCGAGAUCCAGAGCCACUUCAGGAGCCACUUCCACCUGAAUACCUGAACCUGGACGAGCCUGGGGAAGAUAUCGAGAAAGACGACGACCAAGAUCUGCCAGGCGACUCGCUACAGAGUCUUGCAGUAUAUGGAGCGAGCAGACGGCUACCUAAAGACGCAGAGUUCGACACGCAUAGGAACUUCAUCUACUCUGUCUCUGAGCGAAACUUCAAGAAACACACCAAAGACAACUGUUCGCUGCAAUUAGCAGGAACACAGCAUCUCGUUCGCGUGUAUCCAGAUCCGAACAGGGUCGACUCAUCCAACUUCGAUCCCCUUCAAUGUUGGAGACAUGGGGUUCAGAUGGCCGCUCUGAACUGCCAGACCGAUGAUUUCUACAUGAGCCUGAAUCAGGCAAUGUUCCAUGGAAGCUUAGGAUAUGUGCUGAAAGCUUCGCCGCAACCAGCACAGAUACAGCUCGAAGUUGAUGUUCUUAUGGCGCAGGGCUUGAAGAUAUCAGCAGGGAACGGCCCGGUCCAUGUCAAGAUGAAGCUGUUGACACCCGAUACAACGAGCAAGAAAGCACGGACAGCACCUGUGCUUUUGCAGGACUCAGAUGUAGCUUUUGAUGAGAACCUGGAGAUGUCGGUGGAGACGAAUUAUCCUGAUCUCACAUUCCUGUACUGGUCAGUCAAGACCAUGUCCAGCGGACGUUCUAUGCCGAUCAUUUCGGGCGCUGCCAAGGUAGAGAAUCUUAGGGAGGGAUAUAGGGUCCUCCCGCUGGGUGAGGCGUCAAAAGACGAGGGGCGUUUGUUAUGUAAAAUUAGUGUAAAGUCGAUGUAA